AACAUAACAAUCAUGUGACUGUGUCUUUUGAGUAUGGUUUUGUUCAAAGUGAAACUACUGAUACAAAAAAAGGGAAAAUUAUCUCUGUAGUAAUUGUUACUUUCCGGCCUUUCUUUAGUAACAUUUAGUUGAAAAACACCAUGACGAGUACUGUGAAGCUACGGAAUAAAUUAAACAAUGUCGUUUCCAGUAAUAAUGCUGCGAACGAAAGAACUCCACUAUUACAACCUUCAGACACUGGAUUACUUAUUACAAACGAACAUUGUAGCACUGACUCCUUGCUAUUUUCUGAAAGUUUGAAUUCUCUCGUGGAAAGUCAUCCUAAUCGGAAAAUAUCAGUUGGAAUGUCUAACUUGCUGUCUCAAAAAUAUGAAAGUCUUGACUAUGACAUUUGUGAAAAUACCUUGUUUGUUACAGAACAAACUGAUGCUCAAUCUAAGUUAAUAACAGAAAACAGUAAAGGAUGCCUGCCUUAUCUACAGUGCUUGAAUACAAUCACAAGGAUUGCUAUAAUGCGGUGGUUUGUAAUAUUUUUGAUAGGAAUUCUUACUGCGUCCAUUGCCAUUCUCAUCACAAUAGCAAUAGAGGAAAUAUCAAAGUAUAAAUUUGCAUUUUUAAAGAAUUGUGUGGAUGAAUGUAAUGAUAACAAAUGCCUGUUCAAAACAUAUUAUUUCUGGCUUCUAUUUUCAGCAGUUCCUGUAGCUUUUGGAUCAUUCUUGGUGGUUUUUGUUGCACCUGUUGCAGCGGGAAGUGGAAUUCCUGUCAUCAAAUGUUACUUAAAUGGUGUAAAAGUACCAGAAGUUGUUAGAUUAAAGACUUUGAUAGUUAAAGCUGUAGGUGUAGUUACAUCCGUUAUUGGAGGUCUUGCAGUAGGAAAGGAAGGACCAAUGGUCCAUUGUGGUGCAGUUAUUGCUGCUGGAAUAUCACAAGGAAAAAGUACUACUCUUCGUAAAAAUUGCAAGAUAUUUGAAGAAUUUAGAGAAGAUCAUGAGAAAAGAGAUUUUGUAUCUGCUGGAGCUGCUGCUGGUGUUGCAGCUGCUUUUGGUGCUCCUGUUGGUGGGGCACUUUUCAGUUUAGAAGAAGGUGCAAGUUUCUGGAAUCAGUCUUUAACCUGGAGAAUAUUCUUUUGUUCCAUGAUUUCUUACUUCACAUUAAAUUCUGUUUUGAGUGAAUAUUAUGGAUAUCCUGGGCAGCUGUCAUAUCCUGGUUUGGUUAAUUUUGGAAAAUUUGAGAACUUGGAUUAUAGUUUUAAAGAACUUCCUAUUUAUAUGAUAAUGGGAGUAAUUGGAGGUUUGCUUGGAGCCUUAUACAAUCACUUGAAUUACAUACUUACUGUAUUUAGAAUGAGGUAUGUAAAACACCCUGUUGCUCGAAUAGUAGAAGCUGUUAUGGUAAGCUGUGUCGGAGUCACAAUUGCAUAUCUCACAACAUUCAUUCGUGAUUGUUGUCCAUAUGAAAGUUCAGAUGCAAAAUUUCCUGUUCAGCUUGACUGUGAAAAUGGUCAAUUCAGUGCAUUUUGGUCAAUAUGGUUUCAAACUCCUGAAUCUUGCCUGAGAAGUCUGCUUCAUGACUCUGAAACUAUCUGGAAUUGUCUUACUCUUGGACUUUUUUUCAUUGCCUACUUGUUCCUUGGUUGCUGGACAUAUGGUUUGAGUAUAUCAAGUGGACUCUUUAUACCUACACUUAUGAUUGGUGCAGCUUGGGGUCGAUUAUUUGGAAUGGCUGUUUCAAAACUUACUCUAUAUAUGGGUUUUAGAAAUGAUUCCCUUUAUUAUUCCAAGUUUGCCAUUGUUGGUGCUGCUGCAAUGCUGGGAGGAGUUAUCAGAAUGACCAUAAGCUUAACUGUUAUAUUAAUGGAAGCUCUUGGAAAUAUAACUUUUGGUUUACCCCUGAUGUUAUCUGUUAUGAUUGCAAAAUGGGUGGGAGAUAUCUUUAAUGAUGGUUUAUAUGAUUGUCAUAUUCAUCUUGCAAGUGUGCCUUUCUUAGAAUGGAAGCCACCACACUUCUCUUAUACUAUUUUUGCAACGGAAGUGAUGAGUUAUCCUGUGGUAUGUUUUAAAACAAUAGAAAAAGUUGGUUUUAUUGAGCAUAUUUUGAAAACAGAAACACAUAAUGGUUUUCCUGUGGUUGAAAUAAAAGAGGGAUCUUUUGAUAAUAUUCACACAUUUGGUACUUAUAAGGGGCUAAUAUUAAGAUGGCAACUGAUUGUACUUCUUCAACAUAAAGUUUUUGAAGAAACAAAGAAUGAUGAGAUGUUAGCUUUGAAAGAUUUCAGAGAUUCAUAUCCAAGGCAUCCGACUAUUCAGCAAAUUCAUAUAUCUCCUCAUGAAAGGAACUUCACUAUUGAUUUAAAACCAUUUAUGAAUCCAUCUGCAUACACAAUAUCUCAGAGAGCUUCAUUACCUAGAAUCUUCAAAUUAUUUAGAGCUCUUGGUUUACGCCAUCUACCGGUUAUUGAUGAUAAGAAUUCUGUUGUUGGCAUUGUCACUCGAAAAGAUAUUGCAAGAUUCCGAGCUAGAAAACAUGGAAGAUAUGGAUUAGAAGAACUUCAAGUAUCUGUUGGUUAAAUAUAUGAACUAUGUAAAAGAUCAAAUUUUCUUUUUAAUUGAUACUUGACAUAACUUUUUUUAAACAAAAAUGACAAUACUCUGAUUUGGCAAAAUGAAAUCUUAUAUUCAUUUUUAAAUGUUUUUGUAUUUUUGAUAUACUAAUAGUUGGCAUUUGAUUUUAUUUUUCUGCAUUGAAAAAUAAAGUUAAAAUGAAACAAGCAAUUUCGUAAAAUUGUUCUUGCUAGAGGUUUAGCAGUUAAUUUUUUUCAAUGAAGAUUGAUUAUGUUUUAAAUUCGCCUCAUUGUUUUACUAAGAAAGAAAUGAAAAGAUGAAAAGUCAAUAAAAAAAAAUAUGCUGUUAAAACAGCAGACAGUUUAAAAGACACAAAUUAUUAUUGGUCACAAGUCGUACAUGUGUAUAUAAAUGAUUAACUGUUAAUAUUUUUCAGAACCUUAUUUUGCUGAAGGAUUAUUCAAAUUCUGAAUUGAUUAAUUAUUAUGUAAAUCUUUAUGUAUAUAUAUGUUUAAUUUUUGAAUGAAAUGGUAUGAUCACAAUUUACAAUUUUUGAAUUGAGAAUAACUCAAAUAUUCUUCCUUGGAAAAAAAAAAAAAUACAUUUUUUUGUAUGUGAGAGUUAUAGAAUUUUAUUUUUUAAUAUUCAGAAAAAUUAAAUACUUGCCUUUUUCGUUCCUUAACUAUAUCUGUAUCUAUUGAUAUUACUUCAUCAAAGUUGAUUGUAAUUUUAUAUAAUAUUUUAAAUAGAAUAUGAAUACGAAAAUAUUUUAAGUAUAUUUCAUACUUGAGAAUAAUGACACUUUUUAAUAAAUAAAUUUUUCUACCAUCUUAAAAUCGAUCUGUUUAAGUUAAAUUGAUAAUAGUGUAAAUGAGGGCACUUACCAAUAAAUUUUCUUGAAACAAAAGCAAAGAAAAAAAUGAAUCUUUCUAAUUGAGUCUGUUUUUUUCUUUUAAAAUAAAGUUUUCAUCUGUAAUUCUUUUUUUUUUUUUUCCUCCAUUUUGUUCGUAUAAUUCUAUCUUCUGUAUUUAAGUCUUUUGUGAUUAACAUAAUGUAAAGCACAUUUAAUUCUGAAAUUAUUCUUCCAAGAAGUGUUUUUUCAUCUAUUGAAAACUGUUCAUUUCAAUUUGUGAUCUUAGAAUUCAUUUGUUUCCAUUCUCGACAAAUAUUUUCAUUCUGUUUUACUUUGUUUUUAUUAUUAUCUAUGCAAAACCUUUUUUGCAUAUAUUUAUUUUUUUUAGUAUUUAUGAAAUUUAUUUUUUCAUUCGACUUUUUAUCUUUCAGUUUCUAUUUAUUUCCAUUCAUCAUUUUUGGUUUGCUUCCACCCCCCCCCCCCCCUCUUUACAAUUUGGGAAAUCUUAAUCACUUGAAAAGGACAAUUUUUUAAAAUUAUUUUGUUUAGCUAUUUUGCUGUUAUUUAAUAGAAAAUGGAUUGUCAAAUUUUAAUAAAUAACUCUAAUUUGUUUUUAUUAACUGCAUAAAUUUAAUGUAAUUGAUAUAAAUUAGGAAAUAUAAUUUAUUUAUAAAAUUCAUCAAAAUUUCAAAUUAAAUAAAAUAGGCUAAUUUUUAUUUUAUGAUUUAUUUAUCUGUUUCAUAUCUACAAUAAAAACUAUCAGAUAUAUCUGCCUUAAACUAUGCAUGUAUAUCCUUAUAUAUGUGUUUAAUGAAAAUUUAAAAAAAGAAUAUGAAUGAAUGUUUUCUAGAAUAUAGAGCUUAAACAUGUAUGCUAGUCACAAACUAUAAAAAAAAUAAUAAAUGUUGACUUAUAGUUUUUAUCAAAUAAGAAUUUUAUUCAUCAGUUUCAGUAUAAUUAAUUAAUUCCAAAAGGAGAAAUGUAAUAAAAUUUUGAAUUAUGUUUUCAAAUUUUUUUUCUCUCUCUCUCUAUUUAUUGUAUGGAUUUUCUAUUCUCAUUAACUUUUUACUACUAACUUUUUGACACAAUAUACUAUGAAUUUCUUCAUGAAUUCACUUUUUUACAGAAUUAAACUAAAUAAGGAAUUUACUUCUUAAGGUUAAUACUAUUCUAAGCAAAAUGUUUAUUAUAAAAAUUACAAAAAUGUUUCCUGUUGCAAUUUUUUUUAAUAAAGAUCUUUGCAAUUCACUUGUAAUAAUUUGAAAGAAUUAAAUAUUUGCUUAUGAUUGUAUUAACCCUUAUGCAUUAAGAAAUUUAGUUCUUGAUAUAUGAAUUAAAAGAGAAUUAUUACAAAAUGAACUUUCUAAUGCAGAAAUUAAAUUUUGAAGAUGCUAAAAUGUUUGUUAAUAAUAAUGUUUAAAAGGGAAAAAAAAAUUUAUUUCUCUUGUUUUGAGAAAUAACAUUUGAAUUUAGAAGUAAAAUACUUAUGAUAAUAUAUUUUUCAUUAGUAUGUUUUGAAAAUGAUCAAUUAAUUGGUUUGUUGAGUUUGAAUUUAAUGUGUCGUUCAAUUGAACUAAUUCUUCUUACAUAUUUUUGAUUUUUUUUAAAUAAAAUAAUUUUAGAAUUCUGCUAUAAUCGAUUUUUUUUAAUUAUAAGUCCCAUUCCUAAGAGAAUAUUAUUUUUUUAAAUCACAAAAAUAUUUGCAUGUGACAGCAUAAGUUAAAUUUUUACAAUAAAAAUAACUAAAAAUCUAGGAAACAUUUGUAAUUUAAAUUAUUUUCAUUGAAUUUUAUGAAUAUUUUGCUAUUUAAUUACUUGUGGAAAACUAACUAAAUUAUUUUAAUAUAAUUGUUUAUCUUCUAUUUUCUUACUUCUUUGUGUCUUUGGAGUUACCAAAAAUUUUUCAUUCAAAGAUCAGUUUGGGAAAUAUAUUUCCAGCCAAAAUAGAGCUUCAACUGUUUUUAAAAAAAUGCUAAAAAAUUAGAUUUUGCAGGACUUUUUUUUUCUUCCCUUUUCUAUUUGUAGCUAUAUUACUUCCUGAUAUUUUGCUUUUUAGGCUUUUGUAAUUUCUCUAACUUGAGGACAUGUAACUGUACACUUCAUUCUUCAUUUUCUUUUCAACUUUUUUUUAUUCCCUUAUGUUUUCUUAUCACAUCUGUAAUGAACUGUUUCUGUUAAUUUUUUUAAAAAAUUUCUGUAUUGUGAUAUUUUGUGAGAAUGUUGUUUUGUGUUCAUUAACAAGUUUUAUGUUUUCUCUUAAACAAACGAAAAUAGUAUUUUUUUGAAUAUUUUUUUCCCUUAAUGGAACCUUCUAUACGUAUAUUAAUCUAAUGUUAAUUUUGCAUGUGUGGAUUUAUAUAAUUCCAUUAUCAGUAUGUUAUAUUGCUUAUGCACUACUGACCACAACAGAAAAUAAUAUGCUAUUCUUAAAAUGCAUUGUAAGUAAAUGAAACAAAUUUUGUUUGAGCUGAAUUAAGUCCUCUAGAGUCCCUUGGACAAAGCAGGCCUCGCCUCCCCCUUUGUCCCUUCCCCAACUUCCAGACCACUUAUUUUUUUAUGAUUUUAAUCUUAAUUUAGGCAGUUAUAAAUGGUAAUGUUUGACUAACUAAAAAAAAACUUUUAAUUUGGAGACUGUUAUAAGAUUUUUAUUGUGUCUCACCUAUAAAAAAAAUUCAAAUUUCAAAUGUAAAAGUAUUUUUAAAUAAAAUCGUAAAUAAAAGUGAUAUAAUUUUUUAACUUGAUCUAAAUAUUAUUUGAUAAAAGGAUCUGACAUUUUUUUUAAGUUAUGAAGUAACGUAUUUUGUUUAAAAUAAUGCAAUAUAAAGUUUGCAAAAAGUAAUUUAUUAGUUAUGCUAUUAAAAUAAUGUUCCAAAAGUUAAAUUAUAUUUAAUUUUAUUUAGAGAUAAAUUUCUCUGAAAAUACUAUAAAAAGAAUCUGGAAGCCUCAGGGCAAUUGCCUGCUUUACCUAUUAAUCUGUCCCUGAAUGUUUGGGAAUUUGUUAUGAAGGUACGGCAUAUCUCUAAAAGUAUAGAUAAUGGUUUUAUUUAUUGAAAGUGCAUGUAGUUUCUAUACUGGUUGGCUUAAUUAUCAGAUGAACAAGGAUUUAAUUUUAAAAUAUAUUCCAAAGAAAUAAUUUAUAUCAUAUAUAGGAUAUAAUGUAAAUUAUUUCUUUUAAAUAUAUUUGAAAUGUAUAUUAUUUUUAAUAGAUUUGAAAUUCAUUUCUGUGUUAUAAUAUAUUAAGAUUUUAUUUUCUCAUAUUUGUCUUGAUUUUGUAAUUUACAAAUACAUUAGAAUAAAUAAAUAGCUGCCAUAAUCGUCCUCAUACAUCAAUUCAUGUAAUGCUACUUUCUCUAUGUUAAGUUUUCUACAAUAUUUAUUACUGUUAAUUACUUGUUUUAGGCAGCUGUAAAUACAUUUUAAAUUGAUAGUAAGAACUUAAUGUUUAAAUAUAUAUAAAAAAAAUAUAUAUAUAUGUAUUAGCUUAAUCCAUUCAUUCCAUGCUUGUUUAAUUGAUGUAAAUAUGUAUGUAUUGAAUGCUGUGAUGAACAAGUCUUUUGGUGAAUAAAAAUGUUU